AUGGCUGCUGAAGCCACCGCUACGAACCCUGUCGAUGUACCUCCAACUGAGCCUUCGUCCUCUCACGCCGCCUACAUCGACUCGGAUCCCCACAAUGCCACCUCACCCAGCCCACCCGUAAAUGGGUCGCACGACGAGAUCGAGAACAAGCAGAUCACCGAACUUGUGGAUGAGCUUGUGCAGUCAGCCGAAGUCAGCGUAAGCGGCGGUUCCGACACUGAAGCGUCAAAAUCCAAACUCGAUGACAAAGGCCAUGCGCGCAACUCCUCAACUGUCAAGAAGCCCCAGAGCUUCAAGUCUGUGUCGGUCAACAGGACAUUUCUUGCGUCCAAGGGCGCAGCGGCAUCGACGUCCAGGCCUGACUCUGCCGCAGGCUCCGCCUCCUCCACCCCAGCGCCAGGGAAUGCGAGCUCUUCUGCCUCGAAACUGAAGCUUGUUUCAAAGUCGCAAUCUGGGAUAGGUGGCAGCAACAAGGCUCUGGGACCUAAUGGAAAACCCGUCGCGCCGAGUGCCAGCUCUGUCUGGAACAAGAACCAGCCCGUCCCUCCGCCCGAGCCGAAAAAGUUUACAGACGAGGAGCUACAGUUGAAGUAUGGGAUUCACCUUGCAGACAGACUUGGGCCCGACAAGGAUAGUGGCCAGUCCAACUGGGCCGACAUUGAUGACGACGAGGAAUGGGAUCCAGACACUAUAACAUGGACUGAUGGAACCCAUAUCAAGCUGCCGCAGGCUGACGAGAAGGCGCCGAGCCCUAUACCUGCACCGGCGGCGCCGGUCACUGCUGCUGCCCCGCCUGCGCCGAGGCAAAUCGAGAUUCCGCCGAAAACGAAGUCCCCAGUCCCACCCACCAGCAAUGUCUCUUCUCCGUCCAUCAAACCCGGUGUUCUUGCAUCUGGUAAGGGCCUGGUGUUGAAGGGCGGUCCUGAGAAGCCAGUCUUUGUUGCGAAGCCCCCGGCGCCACCCCAGCCCGCCAAAUCUCCCUGGGCUCCUCUGCCACCUGUCGACAAGACCGCACCCAUCGUGCUCGACGCACCAGCCCAUGGCGCUUCACAGGGAUACCAGCGUAGAGACGGUAUGCAGACUCGUACGCCUCCCCCGCCGACCAAGGAAAUUGCGGCGGACGACUUCAGUCGCGGCCCAUGGCGAGACGGACCAAAUGCAACUUCGGGCAGGGAACUUUUCAAUUCUCACUCGGGACGUUAUGAACCCGUACCCGACAGACGCGGGUCGAGACCUGAUGGAGGAUAUGGCCGGCAACAGCCUUCUGUUCUGCAGCGUCCAUCGCAUCACGACACUCAAGGACCAGCCGAGCCCUCGGCGGCAUUCCAAACGAGCCGAAACAGCGGAGCGGAAGGCCCAUACGGGCGGCGUCGCGGCUCAUCAAACGUUAGUGGCGGCAGUGGCGGGCUCGCGUAUCGCCUCGAGAGAUCGUCGCACAACAUACCCGGUCCACAUGAUCCUCAGCAUGUGCGUUCUGGCUCAAUGUCUGGCGGUCCUGACGUGGCUGCGCCACCCAACCAGCAUGGUCAACCUUGGCAGAACAGGUCCUCCCCGAACACCGUCCCAGCUAGCAUGGACCACAGUCAUGCAGUUCAGGAGCCAGUUGCGCCUGUUCCCCCACCAGUACCGGUCGAAGAUGAAAUUGAAGUACAGAAGAGGCUCAUGCGCGAACGACGUGAAGCUGCCAUCAAACGCCGUCAUGAGGACGAGGCACGCGAAGAGGAAGCGCGGAAAGAGCGCAUUCGGAAGAAGCUAGAGGCCAUGGGGCCUGCGCCUGAACGCAAAAGCACGAAGAAGGAUGAAAAGGAUGCUACUUCUCAGCCAGCCAAGGACGUGCCCCAGGCUCUCCUGGCCAGGACCAAACCGGCAGAUAAAGCGCAGGCCAACCCGUCAUCGGGUUCAGAUGCCAAAACGAAUGUCAGUGCGGAUGCUCUUACCCCUGAGACCAGCAAUCAAGUCAAUGGUACCACGGCGGGCCAACCAAUUCGACCAGACGGCGCUGAGACUGAGUCUUUACCUCAGCCCAGUGCAGCGCCCAGAUCACAGACGUCUGCACCAUGGCUCGACGCGCCACAAAGCGCAGAGAGAUACCCAUCCUGGGGUGGCAAUCAGUCGAAUUCUUCACGGAAUGUAUGGGCAGCGCCUGGUAAUGACCGGUCACUCGGCAAUGGAACUUUCAUCGCGGAUCUCGGCCAUUCUAUUCACAACCCGACAAAUCCGAACAUCGCCAACCGUCCGGCACCGAUCGCCCCUCCGCGAAGCGUAUCGCAGGCACAGGCCGCCAACCCAGCCACACAGAGCUCGUCUGCUCGCCUUGCACCGAUUGGGCCGCCUCGAGGUGCCGCCCGCACUCAAGAUGCACAACAGAGACAGGCGCCUGGGAACCUGUGGCAGAACUACGAUGCUGCAGCCGACGAUCAGGCCAUUCGCGAAAAGAGCCGUGCUCAGGAAGAGGCACGGCUGCAGCGACUUGUAGAACAGGGCAUCAACCCUGAUCAUGGUCCCAUGAUCUCUGAGACGUGGCGCGCCGUCAAGAUGGAGGAAGACGGCAGAAGAGGUCAAGCAGGAAGCUCCGUAUACAUGCACAGCGGCGUGCCCGGUGGCCCCUCGGAUCUUCACAGAUCUAGCCAGGUCGCACCAACUGGUCCAAAUGCUGCGACGGCGAUGUCGCAGUCGCGCAGUAGCUCAAGAUUCUUUCCGCCGACACGGGACGUUCGUCUGGACGAAGGACCAAUGCAUCACCAUCGCCCAAGAUCGCCAACGCCACCACCUCCCACCAUGGAGGAUCAUCCAGCAUACGAAGGCAACCCUACCCGACCACAUGUCUCGCUGCCGCGGGGACCCAUCGUCGUGAAACUGCCACCAGCUGCAGCUAAGCCGGCGACGCCUGUAGCGCCACCAAAACCAGCGACACCGGUAUCCUUUGCCGCCGCAGCCGCGGCGGCCGUCCCACAAGCAGCUCGAGGCCUGACGCAAGUGGCUGCCGCUCGGAGUCAGGGCCAGAGUCAACGCGGCAACGAAUCCAAGGCUCAAGGGAACUGGCAGGACAAGAUUAACAGUCUCAUGGGAAGAAAGGCCCCGCGCCCUACCGUGGACUCGACUAGCAGGAUCUCCAUGGAGCAUGGCUCGCGCUCGGCGAAUGUCUCACUGCCGAGUCUGUCCUCUGCCAGCUCUGUGAUCUCGGACGAUAGCACUUACACGAGCCGCGAGAUGGCUGAGGAAUGCUUCGAGGAACAGGAGAUGGGGUCCCUCCCCGCAGUACAUCUGCCGAUGAAAGCCCCGGAAGCCAUGUGGCAUGCCGUCAAUCCCAACUGGCUGCCGCUGGUUCCGAAAUAUCGGGUUCAUGCCACCAACGCCGAGCCACAUCGAUUCGGCUUUGACUAUGAGCAGGGUCAAUCGGUCAUCCGAGUCUCGGCUCCUGGCAUGCCCGAGGUCAAGACUGUGCAGUUCAACGUUGCCAGUCGCUCUGGCUUCAGCGGUCGAACGCGUAGCAACCCCCGGCGUGGCGGUAGUCGAGGCGGCAACAAGCACACUCCUCGUGGUGGCCAGCGGGGCGGUCGUGAAGGUAUCCUCGAAGGUCCGAGCCCCAACAAUAGCACAGCAGGACCAUCAUCUGACAGGCCAAAGGCCUCGCGUGGCGGGCGCGGAAGCUUGCGGUCUCGGUCUGAGGCAUGGUCUCGACAGCCAUCCUCAACACCAGCCGCUCAGAACUAA